UGAUGGAUAGCCGCCUUCAGCCCAAUGCAAAGGCACUCCUCCACAGACAACUCUUUCUGCGGAAAAAAUUUACUCCAUUAAGAAAAGAGCAAAGAUAAUUUUUUUCCCCAAGUAUGGUUUGGGUCUGCGAUUGCAGUUACAGUUACCCAAUUUUUUAAUUUGAGGCAUUGCUGCAGUUGCGGAGGAAUCCCUCCGUCUGCUUAUUCUCUAACAACAGUCGCGAGGUUUAAAAUGAAAAUGCUUCUAUUCUGAAGAUAUGCAAUGCUAGGCCAUCGUCAGGAGUUGCAGUUUGUCGUGUUGGAGCUGUAGGGGAAUAGCAAAACAGCAUGGCCGCCAAUGAAGAACCUACACUGGACUCCACAUCAACAUCAACAUCAGCAUCUGCAUCAGCUGGCCUUUUUGGCCGCCUUGCCCCCCCUCUUACUCUUAAGGAGAGGACAUCAAGAGAGCGCAUUCUAGCAGAUCGAUAUGAUGUUGAAGCUUGGGUUGACCUUGCUAAUGAAGCCCAGUUAAGACCCAUUUCUGAAGCAACACCAAUAUACGAGCAACUACUUUCCAUCUUUCCAACUGCAGCCAAGUAUUGGAGGCUCUAUGUGGAGGCACAAAUGGCAACAAAUAAUGAUGAUGCAACAAGACAAAUAUUUAGCCGUUGCUUGCUUAGUUGUCGUCAUGUUGGUCUUUGGCGAUGUUAUGUUCGUUUCAUACACAAGGUCAACGAAAGCAGGGGCACAGAUGGGCGAGAUGAGAUUAAAAAGGCAUUUGAAUUCACGCUGCAACACAUUGGGACAGAUAUUGCAUCAGGACCCAUAUGGAUGGAGUACAUUACAUUUUUAAAGUCAUUACCGGCUGCAACCUUGCAGGAGGAAUCACAGCGCAUGACCUUAAUGCGCAAAGCUUAUCAAACAGCUAUACUUAUACCAACACAUCAUUUGGAACAACUUUGGAAGGAUUAUGAAAGCUUUGAAAAUGCUGUUAGCCGUGCUUUGGCAAAGGGUCUUCUGUCUGAAUAUCAACCCAAGUACAUCAGUGCAAGGGCUGUCUAUAAGGAACGCAAGAAACUUUGCGAGGAAAUUGAUGAAAACAAGCUAGCUGUGCCUCCUACAGGCUCCUUAAAAGAGGAGCAACAAUGUAGUGCAUGGAGGCGGCUUCUUGCUUUUGAAAUAGGGAAUCCUCAAAGGGUAGAUAGUGUAUCAUCAGCAAGUCGAGUUACCUUGACAUAUGAACAGUGCCUUAUGUAUUUGUAUCACCAUCCAGAUAUUUGGUAUGACUAUGCAACAUGGCGUGCAGAUAAUGGGCCCAAAAGUUCUGCUAAUGAAAUUUUUCAGCGAGCCUUGCAGGCUUUACCAGAGUCGGAAGUGUUAUGGUAUGCUUAUGCUGAGCUUGAGGAAUCUCGUGGAAGAGUUCAGAGGGCUAAGGAAAUAUAUGAGAAAUUAGUGAGAAACAGUAGCACUGCAACAGCUUUAGGAUAUAUUCAGUUCCUUCGUUUCAUAAGGAGAAAUGAAGGGCCUGAAGCUGCACGGAAAUUCUUUUCAGAGGCACGAAAAUCUCAAAAAUGCACAUACCAUUUCUAUGUUGCUUUUGCAAUGAUGGCAUUUUGCCUAGACAAGGAACCCAAGGUUGCACAAAAUGUUUUUGAAGUGGGAUUAAAGAAAUUUAUGCUUGAGCCAGCGUAUAUACUCGAAUAUGCAGAUUUCCUUUGCCUCUUGAAUGAUGAUAAAAACAUUCGAGCAUUAUUUGAGCGAGCUCUCAGCCUUCUUCCUCCAGAGGAGUCGACUGAGGUAUGGAAUCGGUUUAUUAGAUUUGAACAAACAUAUGGUGAUCUAGCGAGCAUGUUAAAGGUAGAGCAAAGGAGAAAAGAGGCACUUUCUCGGACAGGAGAGUUAGUAACAGAAUCAUCAGAGGGAUCCUUGCAAGAUGUUGUUUCUCGUUAUUCUUUCAUGGAUCUUUGGCCUUGCUCUUCAAGAGAGUUAGAUCAUCUUGCACGCCAAAAGUGGCUGGCAAAAAACUUUACUGGUAAACCUGAAAAACCAUUUACCAUGCAAACUAAUGGUUUACCAGGGCUUGAUAAGGGUUCUUUAGGACAGGGAGAAGGUCUGAGGCCACUUACAUCAUCAAAGAUAAUUCGUCCAGAUUUAUCUCGGAUGAUUAUAUAUGAUCCAAGGCAAAAGCCUGGUGCAUAUUUAAUGAAUUCAUCAACGCCAGGACUUCCUCCAAUCCCUGGUGGAUCACUACUUCACAAUUCCAUUUCUGGUGUGGCAUCAAAAUUACUUGAUGAUACUCUCAGAUAUAUUUCGCCACCUUUGGCAUCUUUCAUAAUUCAGUUACCAGUUGGCAAUGGACCUUCACCAGAUGUGGAUACGGUAAUUUCUGUUUUAAUGCAGAGUGACAUCUCAUCUAGUUUCGUUGACAGCACAGCACCUUUGUCUCAACCGGCAUCAGCUUUUCUUGGGUCCAAUUCUAUAGAAGUUUCGGGGGGCUCAAGUAAAGGAAGGGUUAUCUUAAAUGGUUCAAUGUUGAGGUCAUCCAAGGCCAACCAUCCGUUAAAGAGAAAGGAGCAAGAGAGGCAAGAAGAAGAUGAAACUGCACCAGUUAAUCGACCCCUUCAGAAGGACAUAUUUAGGAUGCGGCAAAUUCAAAGGGCGCGAGCCUUGAGCACUGGUCAGGCUGGGUCAACUUCUGGUGGCAGUGGAGCACUUACUGGAGAGCCAUCCGAUAAAAACUGUGAUUACUUGUCUUGGAUUGAGAUGGAAGAGUAGCAUGCCAGUACAGAAGAGAAGAAACAUCUGUAUCAGCUGCGAGUCCAUCAUAUAAAAAGAAUUUACGUUAGUUUUUGAAAAAGAAUCCAAUAUGUCAGUUUCGUGUUCUCCAAAACCCAUUACACUUGGCCAUUUGUUAACAUUCGAUGCCUUUAUGUAUUUCAGUCUUGCAUACAAGGCUUUGUUGGGUAAGGUGAAGGCCUUAUUACUCGCUCUGGAAUUUUCGAUUGAUGAACUAACAUUUUUUAAAUGUUGUAUAUGCACACUCAGUUUCAGAGCUUGAUGGUUGAAUACAAAUUGACUUGAAGCUGCUAUCAAGCUUGUAGCAGAAGACUGCAACGUAUGGUAAGAUAGCAAGAAGUACUUGAAUCGACAUUUUGGCGAUUCUUGUCCACACAAAUGUGGGAUUCACCACAUGGAUAUUAGUAAUGAGUCGAAUAAUUGCAGUUUGUCCUUUUGUCUAGAACAACGUUCACAAAUAUUUUGUGAAAUUUCUUCUGUAAAAGCUAUUCCAGUGUGUACAGAAUCAACAUGCUUAUCGGAGUUUCAAAGGUCAUCUACUAUCUAGACAUGCAAAUGGCAACGACUCUUCAAAAUCGUGUAGUGUAAGCUCCCUUUCAUUCAUUUGGUGUAAACUGAAAGGAUAACAAAACAUAUCGUUGGAACACUGAAUGAACUUUUUAUAGGUUGGAUUUAGAUUUGGAUAUUUCAACAUAUGCUAUCUUGAAUGAAAACUUGGUCAUUUGUGGACGUAA